AUGAAACCAUGCAGAUGUUCAUAUUUUGGCGAGGUCAAAGGCAAAGCCAACGUGCAGCUUGGAGCAAAGAAGUUAAAAGAAUAUUGGCAGAGGAAGAGCCCUGGUGUUCUAGCAGGAGCUAACAGGAAAAAGAAAAUCAAUGGCAGUAGCCCUGACACAGCCGCUUCUGGUGGUUACCGCUCACCUGGGGAUUCAGCAACAGGUGUCUACAGGGAGGGUCCUGUGUCAUCUACUACCCUGAAAGAUCUGCAGAGGUUCACCAGCCCCUGUUACCAGGGCCCUUUCACCCUGUGCUUUGGGCAGGCUCACACAUUGAAGGAGGAGGAGAAGCAUGAGAUACAUCGGGUACAGAAGCUUGGGAGGAGCUUCUUCAAACUCGAACACCAGAGGGCUGAGCCCCGGGCCCCAGAUCCUCCAGCAGGGCCCUCUGAGGUGGAGCAGCUACAAGAUGAGACCAAACACCUAAGGAAGGAGCUGGAGAAUCUGGGAAGACAGCUCCAGGCCGAGGUGGAAAACAAUCAGAUGUUGAAUCUCCUGAACAGGAGACAGGAGGAAAGGCUGCAGGAGCAGGAGGAGAGGAUACGUGAGCAGGAGGAGAGGAUACGUGAGCAGGAGGAGAGGAUACGUGAGCAGGAGGAGAGGAUACGUGAGCAGGAGGGGAGGAUACGUGAGCAGGAGGGGAGGAUACGUGAGCAGGAGGGGAGGCUACGUGAGCAGGAGGAGAGGAUACGUGAGCAGGAGGAGAGGAUACGUGAGCAGGAGGAGAGGAUACGUGAGCAGGAGGAGAGGAUACGUGAGCAGGAGGAGAGGCUACGUGAGCAGGAGAAGAGGAUACGUGAGCAGGAGGAGAGGCUAUGGGAGCAGGAGUGGCUGCCAGAGCAGGAGAGGCUGCUGGAGGAGGUGAAGAAGCUCUUGGAAUGGGAGAGACGGGAGGGGGAGGAGGAGAAGCUGCUAGAGCAUGAGAGGCUGCUGAACCAGGUAGAGAAGCUGCUGGAAGAGGAGAGGCUGCGGGAGGGGAGGCUGCCAGAGCAGGAAAGGCUGCUGGAGCAGGUGGAGAAGCUAUUGGAACAGGAGAGGUGGCAGGAGGAACAGGAGAGGCUGCUGGACCAGGUGGAGGAACUGUUGGAACAGGAGAGGUUGUGGGAGCAGGAUGAGAGACUGCGGGAGCAGGAGAGGCUGCUGGAGCAGGUGGAGAAGCUUUUGGAACGGGAGAGGCGACAGGAGGAGCAGAAGAGGCUGCUGGAGGAGGAACAGCUGCUGGACCAAGUGGAGGAGCUGCUGGAACAGGAGAGGCUGCGGGAGCAGGAUCAGAGGCUGUGGGAGCAGGAGACACUGCGGGAGCUGGAGAGGCUGCGGGAGCUGGAGAGGAUGCUGGAGCUGGGGUGGGAAGCCCUCUACGAGCAGCAGGCAGAGCCACACAGCAGCUUCGAGGAGCUGAACAAUGAGAACAAGAGCGCACUGCAGUUGGAGCCGCAGGUAAAGGAACUGAAGAUGCUGGGCGAGCUGAAAGACAUGGUAACCUCUGACCCAUCCAAGAAGGGCUGGGAGGCAGGCACCAGCCUCUGGGGAAGGGAGGCGCCAGGCCAGAGGCAGCUGCAGCCUGCAAGCAGGAGCACCUGGAAGCUACCAGCCAGCAGAAACAGCAGUUAAAGCCCAGUUGAGCCUCAUGGCUCUCCCUGGGGAAGAAGAGAUGGAGGACAUCUGGACAGUGAGGAGGAGGAGGAGGCACCUCGGCCCAUGCAGAACAUGCCAGAGGACCGGGAGAGCCGGGAGGUCAGGUGGCAUUUUUCAACGACGCUGGAGCCAAUGCCCAGGAAUAGCAAAGGGUGUGCUGCCAGCCCCUGGCUCACCCAGUGGCUUCAUCCCAGAGGACCCCAGGGACUGGGG